CGCCCAGGUGGGGAUCGGAAUCGUCUGCUGGUACGAGACACUGCCCGGUCGUCACACCUCGGGCAUCCUUCGUGUCGUCCGGACACGUCCGUCUCGUCCUCACGUACACGUUCUUUACCGUCGCUCGUUUCGCUCGCUCGUCUCCAUCAGCCGUUGGCACUGUCUAGUCGUGUCCUCGCACUGCAGCCCAUUCAAGAGUAAUCGCACGUAGUGGUCAUCGGGUUUACGCUUAAUGUCGAGCAGGAUCGGCAGCUUUGCGAGUUUGUGGCCGUCGAGUCAGUAGAGGAUAUCGUCGAGGGUUUUCGAGAACACGGGAAGACGAGGUGACAAUUAACAUCGGGCAGAAGGUAACUCGAGUUGGAGGCCACUCGUCGAGUUUGUGAUCGGAGUCGAGUAGUCAAGGUAGUCAAGGUAACUUGACGGGAGCUUGCGAGAGGAAGAGAGGAAAGGUCGAGUGUGGCAAGAACGACUCGACACGUGCGAGUAGCCACUUAUCCAAUGUUAUCAAUCAACAUGCGCAUAUUCAAGACUGUGCUGCUGAUCGCGUACCUCGGCGCGAGUGUCCAUUGUCUGCCGGUCGGCGGCAAGUCGACGACCGAGUCAGCGGUCCCUCCGACUGUCGUCCCGUCCACGACGGAAGCGACCACGGCCGCGCCGCUGUUGUCUACGCAGUUAGACACCAAUUACUACGACCAGCGGCAAAACGGCAGUGAGAACUACCGCAUCCACGUGGACGGCGUAGUGCUGGUGUUCGCGCCAGUCGAGGCAUUGCUGCUGGCCGGUGCCACCGCCGCCGGCACCACUGCAUCCAAUUCGCCGACAUCCGAGCACGAUGGGCCCGCUCCGCUGAAGGUAGGUCUAGCUCAACUGGAUGCAGCUCAACUGGCCGUAGCUCAGUUGGAUAGUGAGAAGCCCAAUGCCGAUCUCCAAAAUAAAACUGAGCCAGCUAACUCGAAAACGAUACACAGAUCACCCUUGCGAGUGGCGCAUCUAUUGGCACCCUUCCUACGUCGCUUACAUCCCAAUCAUAGCGCGAGCGUGCACUGAGACGAUAUUCCAAGUCCCUCGACUCCAUUAUGCAUAGUGUUUCAUGUACGGGCCUUAUUAAGCAAACAGGGUGAGAUAUCUGCAUCUACAGGGAUAGUGGACGAGUACUCGUAUAAUAUAACGUAUAUGGUCGACGACGUCGACUUAAUAUCAAGCCACAAUAUAAUUAUCCAGCGUGAAGGACAAAGAGAUACACCGAUAUUCCUAAAUCUCUCUUAAGGUCUAUUCUUUUUUUGGUUGGGCUAACUUGCACUUUCUUCCUUCACAUUGAAAUAUAAUCAAGCAUGAAAGGAGGAGGAAACGACGUUCCGGUGCAACAUUAGUACGUUUAAAAAGAACAGAUCUUUGGCGAAAUUGCUUCCUUCGCAGUUUACAACGAUAUUUGAAAUAUGAAAAGCCACGGUCGAAAGACGGACGUAUUACAUGUAGUUCUUCAGCGCAAAACGAGGCAACAUGCUGGAUGCGAUAUACGUCGACUUCGUCGUUCAUAUUUCUGUCUCGGUGUAAUGAC